AUGGCUUCACGCUUACCCUCAUCACCCGCGUUUUACUCUCCACUCACCCCUGCUCGUUCCUCACCCCUCUCCCGCCCCUUUUCCAUCCCCGCCCGUGCCCCUUUCAACCUCGCUUCCCAGGUGACAGCCACCAAGCCCGAUGGCUUCACACCCACCAUCAUCACUCGCCGCCCCGACUACCUCUACGUGGAAUAUGAGAGCCCGCUCAUGGGGGUGAGUGAGUAA